UUUUACGACAGUUCAGAUCAAAAGUCGGCCCAGGAUGCCGGUGUGUUUGCGGACUUCGGCGUGUGCUCGCGCUGCUUUGGACUUUCUUAGCAGGAAGAAGCGGCUCGUGCUCCGUCCUUCCAGUGCAGCCUUUCGUUCAAACUCGCCUUUAAGCCGCGGAAUACGCCCCUUCACCGCACCGGGAACAGGCCCCGGCGUUACUUCCAGAUUCGCCUCCGAAUUUGACGCUCCGGUGUAUAGAAGAAUCAGCAUGUCGUCCACCGCUAUGUCCCAGAGAAUGGUUUGGGUGGACCUGGAGAUGACAGGUCUUGACAUAGAGAAGGACCAGAUCAUUGAAAUGGCGUGCCUCAUCACAGACUCUGACCUGAACAUCUUGGCUGAGGGGCCCAACUUGAUAAUUAACCAGCCAGACGAGCUGCUGGAGGGGAUGUCAGAGUGGUGUAAGGAGCAUCAUGGAAAGUCAGGACUGACCCAGGCUGUACGGGACAGUAAAGUCACCCUGGAACAAGCAGAGUAUGAGUUCCUGUCCUUCGUCAGACAGCACACCCCGCCUGGACAGUGUCCCCUUGCUGGGAACUCUGUGCAUGCAGACAAGAGGUUCCUGGACAAGCACAUGCCACAGUUUAUGUACCAUCUUCAUUACAGAAUCAUUGAUGUCAGCACCAUCAAGGAGCUUUGCAGACGGUGGUUUCCAGAAGAAUACAAGAUGGUACCUCACAAGAAAGCCACCCACAGAGCCUUAGACGACAUACGGGAGAGCAUUAAAGAGCUGCAGUACUACAGAGCCGGUGUCUUCAAAUCAUCAACCGAGGAGAAGAAGCGCAAGAUUGUAGAAAACGGAGGCAGCAACAGAAGUUAGCACACGUGAAUGAGACGAUGCAGCCUUCAGCGUUGUGUUGUGCUGCAUUCCCUGAAGAAAGCAUUUUGAUCAUUGUGUGUGUGCGAGUGGUGACUUUCUUCAUUGAUUUUAGUUUCUGUUCAUGCUCAGCUGCCCAAUCAUUCUUUAUUUUCAGUGUUGUUCAGAAGUUAAACAUAGAGGCUUCAUCAAUGGGAGCAAGAUUCUAGUAACAUUUGAUUUAAACCCCCCCCUCCUCCAAGUUCAACAUAGUAGAGUAAUAUUUGAAUUGACCUUUGAUAGUUUGCAGUUUUGUAUUAUCUGGACGUCUUUAGUCUGGGUUUGACUAUAAUUUCACCUUAUUUCUACAAUGAAACCAAAUAAACUUAAGUGCUCCCUGAGAAAUAGUCCAGUCCACUCCUGACAACUUUAUUUACCAAAUAGCACACACUGAAUGGAACAGAGUUUAGUGCGUGUCGUAAGUUCAUGCGGGAAAAGUGAGUAUGUAAAGUGCGUAUGUUGUUGUUGGGCACUGCUGUCCCACAGUGCAAUGCUGUGUAAUUCAAUGCUGGAGUAGCUCACAGCUGGAAUAUUAAACAUUUCACACAGUGA